AAAUCUUUCUAUUCGCAUAAAACGUUGCAACGAGUACAUCAUUCCAUCCAUUAAUAACAAGAUGAUAGGCAACUGAAUUGGCAACUGUUCCAGCACCCGCAAUGACAACUUGCGAUUGCGAGGGUAAAAUUGUUGAUGUCGAUGAGACAUUUGUAUAAUUGUUAAAUCGUCUGUAAUUCCCAUUUUUAUUGAGUUCAUUUGAUAUGAACGCUCCAUUUUUAUAGGUUAAAUCGCACAAAUGAUUUUUGUUAACUGUUGAAGUUGUAUUCUUGAAAAAAGGUAAAGAAACGCAUUUCGAACACGCGUAUCUUAGCAUUAAAUUGUGCAUAGAAUAAUAGUUAUCCUAUUUUUCUAAUCAUUCAAAGGCUUACUUAGAAAAUACCUUGACUCUUUGAACAUAUGUUCUAUUUCUAGAGUUUACAAUAAAAGAUUUAUUUGUGUCCAAUGAUAUUUCUUAUAAUCAAUAACGUUUAACAUACAAUUUUUCGAACAAAGUAACGUAGAUUAGAAUUUAAUAAACUAGAAAUAAUUUUAGAAAAUCGUUAAAUGUAUUUAAAGGUAUUCAAAGAAAUAAUAUUUAAUCUGCAAUUUGAUCUUAUAAAAUUAAAACAUUAUCUAUAUCAGUUAAUCGCAUAAUUUUGUUCUUAUUGUUCCUGGUAACUUUAAUUAUUCUUGUUGCAUUCAAAUAUCACGCGCCCUCGGGAAAUCGAUCGAUAACUCGAAGCAUUUAAAAUCCUCGAGUAAUUCCGAUUCUCGAACCACGCAAUAUAACCGUUCUAAAUGGGGACCGCGUUCAAGAGAUCGUCUGUUGUUCUUUUGAUCUUUAGGUUUGUAAAAUGAUGUAUGUAGUAAAUUUGAACUUUUGUCGGUGCAGAAGAAAAUAGAAAAAUUCUUCGUUAUGCUGUUUUUACUGACCAUUUAUAUUUUUAAGAUAUUAUGUAUCUUUCUAUUUGUUGUUUACUCCAUUAACAUUUUCCUUAUGGCCAUGUAUAAUACUCAAUUGGAGGAUUUGAAAAAAUGUAUCAUUGCCAAAAGCGAAAUCUUGCAACCGGAGUAUCCGAUCGAAAUGCACGAAAACGUAGAUGAUAAAUUGAACAUGUUAUCGGAGAAGCUAACGGAAAAAGAACAGGCGUUGCAGCGAUCUCAUUGCGAAAUAAAGAAUGCGGAAAAAGUCUUAACGGACUUGGAAAAUAAAACGUCGAGUUAUAGGGAUCGAUAUAGAUCAUUGAUGUCAGAGUUAAAGAAGGACGUUCAAAAAAUCGAGAAUGAGGUUAAAACAUUGCAAAGUCACAUUUCGACUUUGUCGCUUCGAAGAGAGUCUCUCAAGGCAGAAGUAAUAAAGCAACAGGAAGAUUAUCAAAAAAUGCUAAAUAACUUUACCAAGGAGUUAAAACAUAAGAAGACAUUAUUCUCUUCAGGCGCUGAUAAAUCAAAGAAGUCUCGCCUGAGUUGUUUGUCUUUGCAAUGACAAAUUUCGUUAUAUUCCCGUCCGUAUGGUAAAGUGAUUAUUUUAUUGGUUGUUUCAUGGUACCUCAUAAUAUCGAUCGAAUCGUAACUUUAUUUAGUAUUCACAAUAUUUACAUUUGAAUAAAUCGAUUGAUAUGAAAAAUUUUUCGCGUUCGAUUGUGCGGUGGAAGAUCUACAAUAAUGAAGGAAGGAUAUCGAACCGAGGGAAACUACGAUAAGAUAGAGUAAGAUCUUUUCUCACAUACAUUGUUAUAUUGUUAAUCGAAGUUGGUGAUAUUCGGAGAAACAUUGUACGCACAGUAGUGAAGCCGUUAAAACAGAUUAUUCGAUAAUGUUCUACAUCUUUAUAUUUAAAAGAGUUAAUACCGUUCCAUUUUAAGCAUGAGUUAUGUGAUGAAAUUUUAACAGCUGAUAUCGGGUCAUUUUCGACGCAAUUGUUAUGUACUUUUACGUAUACGCACAAUAACAGUUCUGUACAAUGUUACUCUCUCUGUCAAGUCUGGCUAGAAAGUUUCCUUCGAUCAGCCAUAUCAUCGAAUUAAGAAACUUAUUUUUCAUGUACCACGAUGACCCUCCGAUAAGCAGAAUACAUACGAAGGUAAACUUAAACGAAACUCUUUUCUAUUGAAACGGAAACGCUGUAAGAGUUUUAUUGAACAUCUCGAAACACGCGACAGGAACAUCCUUGCCUUCGAUCUCCUACUCUCUCGUGAUUCGUUCGCUUCGGUGGAUAGCUCGAGAAUUCCCUCGACAAUUUGCAGUGAAAUAGAAAUUGUCAAAUACUCUGUCUAAGCGACACACUCUAGGCUUAUUUUUUCAGAUGAUCUCGUGCAUCGUUCAGUGGGUUCGGAGGUGUGCAUUUGGGACGACUGAAGGAUUGAUAUUGCACGUUCCGCGUUACCUACACCACAAGUUCUUGCCGAAACGAACGAACAUGCCCCGUGAAUAGAUAAUUGUAUACGCGUAUCUUCGAUAGGGAUCGAGACCAUCCCCUUAGAGCUCCGUAUGAUGCGAGGGGAAUUUCUUUAAGACCGCGUGGUAGAGAUUAUAAAAAGUGUAAAAACUGACGCCGAGAAUGACGACCAACGCCGCGCCAAAUAUCCAGGACAGAAAGUUUCCGUCUAUGAUAUCUGAGUUCUCCGUUCUCUUCUUGGCACUUAUUUCACCCAGGGUGGUGCCUUUUCGUUCCUCCAUCAGCCUCUUCAUGUUUGCCAGUUUCUCACGUAAUUCAUCCACCGAUUCAGCGAUGUCCACGAUCGAUUCGCUUCCAGCUAGAUCUGAAAUUCGAACGAUUAUAGAAUAAUUCUGCGAAUAGAGGAAUUUUUGGGCAUCGAUUUCGUUAGGUUCGCUUCAAAAUCAGUUUUAAAGGGAGCUUCCAUUAUAAACUAAAAUGAUAAAAAUAAAAUUACACUUUUCAUUUGGAUUUCUAGGUAUAGAAAGCUAGAUAGGA